CCUCCGCCCUCUCGCAUUUUGUUGUCUUUCUCUCUCUUCCAGUUCAACACUCACCCACUCCCUCCUCUAACAUGUCCACCCCCAACUCCCCCAGCCACUGGUCGGGCGUCCUCAACUCGGCGCUUGACGCGGUCGGCAACACGCCCCUCGUCCGCCUCGACCGCAUCGCUAAAAACGAGGGGCUCAAGUGCAACCUCCUUGGCAAGGCAGAGUUCUUUUCUGUUGGCGGAAGUGUCAAGGAUCGCAUCGCAAAGCGCAUGGUCGAGCACGCCGAGAAGACAGGCGUGCUUAUCCCGGGUCAGAGCGUCGUGAUUGAGCCCACGAGCGGCAACACGGGUAUCGGCCUCGCCCUCGCAUGCGCGAUCAAGGGCUACAAGUGCAUCAUCACGCUUCCCGCCAAGAUGUCGCUCGAGAAGGAGGUGCUCCUCAAGGCUCUCGGUGCUGAGGUCGUCCGCACGCCUACCGAGGCGGCGCACGACGCGCCCGAGUCGCUCAUCGGCGUCGCUGAAACCCUCCGCGACAAGAUUCCUGGCGGCGUCAUCCUCGACCAGUACUCGAACCCCCAGAACCCUCUCGCUCACUACUUCUCCACGUACGGCGAGAUUGCUUACGCCCUCGAGACCUCUGACCUGCCUCGCAAGGACAUUGCGCUUCUUGUCGCAGGUGCCGGCACGGGUGGCACCAUCUCAGGACUUGCGCGCGCUAUCCGCGAUGCUGAGAAGGAGAAGGCGGAUGGGCACAAGGCCUUCAUCCUUGCGGCGGACCCCGAGGGCUCCAUCCUGGGCGGUGGUGAUGUCGGACAGUACCAGGUCGAAGGAAUCGGGUACGACUUCUUCCCGGACGUUCUGGACCGCGCGCCCGAGCUGAUCGACGCCUGGAUUAAGUCCAACGACAAGGAGGCAUUCGCAGCCACCAAGCGUCUGAUCAAGGAGGAGGGUCUCUGUGUCGGCGGGUCGUCUGGCACGGCGCUGGCGUCCACUCUUAAGUGGCUGCGGUCGGAGGCUGGCCGCAAGAUCGCCGAGGACCCCGAGGCCAACGUCGUUGUCAUGCUCCCGGACGGCGUGCGCAACUACAUGUCGAAGCCGUGGUUCCUCGAGAGCGAGGAGGAGUCGAGCGAGCUGCACAACACGAUCCGCAGCAUCAUCGGCCGCGAUCUGAACGACGCGUACAACACCAAGUCCAAGGGCAGCUCUGGUCUCAACACCAACGGCGCUCCUAAUGGCAUCCACUAAUUGCAUGAGGCUCGUCCAGAGGGUACUCUCAACGCUGUACCCUCGAGCGGACCUCACCACGACAAGGCAUAUACCAUUUUCGUAGAGCAUUGUUGACCACUGGCGACGACGACGACGAGCAUCCGGAGGCCACUCUCAACGCUGUGAGCUUCCGAGGUAGUAUUGUAGGCAUCUUUGGGGUAUCUGUAUUUGUUGUGACAUCUACCUAAAUCGG